AUGGUUCGCAAAAGUCAAAGCGGAAAAUCGCCGAGCAAAAAGUCGCGGAAAAACGACUCCGAUGCCUCAAACAGUGAUGUGAUGUUCGCUACGAGCACUUCGGUCCACAAACGGAAUUUAUGUAUAGUCUCCUUCCCGAUUAUUUUCCUCUUUAACGUGUUACGUUCCCUCCUGUACCAAUUUUUCGUGGUCUUGCGUUUCGUUUACUGCAGUUCCUCCAGUUACUUUGUCAGGCACAGAAAGGUGGAUUUGGAGAAUGGUCAGUCUAGUUCUGUUGUAGUCGAAGAGGCACCUGAAAUGGCCACAAGUCAUAGAAGUACGGGGCCAGGUCCUGGAGACCCCCUUUUGGCCAAGCAGAAACAUCACCAUCGAAGGGCUUUCGAGUACAUUUCCAAAGCUCUAAAAAUUGAUGAAGAAAAUGAAGGUCAAAAAGAUCUAGCCAUUGAGUUAUACAGGAAAGGCAUUACUGAACUGGAACUGGGCAUUGCUGUGCAAUGUUGGGGGGGAAGGGGGGAGGUCUGGGAGAGGGCUCAAAGGUUACAUGAAAAAAUGAAGACCAAUCUUGCGAUGGCAAAAGAUAGACUUCAGUUUUUAGAGAGCAUGGAUAGUUUACAGCGUAUGGGUAUAGAAAACGAGGCUAAGGAAACUCCUUCUAAAAUGAUAGCUAGCAAUAUUCCCACACUUAGACCUAGUACUCUUAGACCAGCUUCCGGUAAAAAACUGUCGGUCCCUAGUAAACGUCCGGCGGCGAACGUAAUGUCAAAAAGUCAAACGCUACCCCGGUCGAUGGGUAGCAGAACCACACCCGUACAACCUGUCAGACCUUUCAACAAAAUCUCGUCCACACCACCUGCCAUCAAAAAACAACUGAGCGUGCCCGGAAACUCCGGCUCCCCAGCCCGGAAGGGGUUGAACUCCUUGCCGGGCACCUCCAGCACCAAAGCAAAUAUCAGGGGCAAAUCUCCCACCCUGCGAGGGGUGGACUCAAAGUUGGCCCAAAACAUCCUGGACGAAAUAGUGGAGGGGGGAGCCGCUGUCCAAUGGGAGGACAUUGUCGGGCAGGAAACCGCGAAACAAGCUCUGCAGGAAAUGGUCAUUCUACCGUCCUUGAGACCGGAACUGUUCACGGGGUUGAGGACCCCCGCCAGGGGAUUGUUGCUAUUUGGACCCCCCGGAAACGGGAAAACUUUACUCGCCAGGGCUGUGGCCACAGAGUGCCAGGCGACUUUCUUUUCCAUCAGCGCCGCAAGUCUAACCUCGAAAUACGUGGGCGACGGGGAAAAAAUGGUGCGCGCGCUUUUCGCGAUAGCGCGCGUGUUGCAGCCGUCGAUAAUUUUCAUAGACGAGGUGGACUCUCUGCUGUCUGAGCGCUCGAACAACGAGCACGAGGCGAGUCGCCGGCUGAAAACGGAAUUCCUCGUCGAGUUCGACGGGUUGCCUAGCAACCCCGACAGCGAAAGGGUUCUGGUAAUGGCGGCGACCAACAGGCCGCAAGAGCUGGACGAGGCGGCGUUGCGACGUUUCCCCAAAAGAGUUUACGUGACGUUGCCAAACGUCGAGACUCGCGCCGAGUUACUCAGAAAACUGCUGGCAAAGCAGGGUUGCACUUUCACUCAGCAAGAGCUGAAACGUUUGGCAACGCUGACCGAAGGCUACUCGGGCAGCGAUCUGACCGCUCUGGCCAAGGACGCGGCUCUAGGACCAAUCAGAGAACUGCAACCCGAGCAAGUUAAGCACAUGGAUCCAAAUGCUAUUCGUGGCAUCACCAUAAAUGACUUCCUCGACUCUCUCAAGUGCAUUCGAAGGAGCGUGAGUCCGCAGAGUUUGGUGGCCUACGAGAAGUGGUCUUUGCAGUACGGUGACGUAUCCAUUUAA